GUUCACCCAAACCGUCGUCCGCCCCACAAGCGCAAACCCUCCUUCCCCCCCUUGCAGCACCCGCGCCGCCGCGAUGAAGCGCUCGGCCGACGCGCUGACGGAGCCGGCGAAGCCUGUGUUCCUCACCAAGGCGGAGCGGGAGCGCCUCGCGCUCGAGCGCCGCCAGGCCGCCGUCUCCGACCAGCGCCGCACCGCGCUCGACCUCCUCCAGUCCCUGCCCCGGCCCCCUCCGCCGCCGCCUGCCGGCGGCGCUCCCCCGUCCGGCUCCAACCUCGCUCCUCGCGACUCCUCCAACUCCCAUCGUGACUCCUCCGACAGGGACCGAGACAGAGACAGAGACAGAGACCGGGAACGCCGCCGCGACGACGACUCCCGCCGCGACCGAGAUCGGGAUCGAGAUAGGGACCGCGACCGAGAUGACUCCUCCCGCCGCGACAGGGACCGAGACCGUCGCGACCGCGACCGCGACCGUGACAGGGAUCGGGAGCGGGAGCGGGAGCGGGAGCGGGAGCGAGACCGUGACAGGGAGCGUGGGGAUCGCGGGGAGCGGGAGAGGGACCGGCUGGAGAAGAUGGCGGAGCGGGAGCGAGAGAAGGAGCUCGACGCGAUCAAGGAGCAGUACCUUGGGUCCAAGAAGCCCAAGAAGAGGGUUAUCAAGCCCUCGGAGAAGUUCCGCUUCUCCUUUGACUGGGAGAACACCGAGGACACCAGCCGCGACAUGAAUGCGCUCUACCAGUCGCCGCACGAGGCCAGGCUGCUCUUUGGCCGGGGCUUCCUUGCUGGUAUUGACCGACGUGAGCAGAAGAAGGCGGCAGCUGCGCAUGAGAAGGAGACCCGUGCAGAGCUGCGGCGCAAGGCCGGUGUGGAGGACCGUCCAGAGGAUGAUGCUGUAGAUAAGAAGAAGGCUGCUGCUGCUGAAAUGUAUGAUGCUUUUGAUAUGCGCGUGGACAGGCACUGGUCUGAGAAGGCGCUUGAGGAGAUGACUGAGCGAGAUUGGCGUAUUUUCCGUGAGGAUUUCAAUAUCUCCUAUAAGGGUUCUCGCAUACCCCGGCCAAUGCGGAAGUGGAGUGAAAGCAAGCUUGGCACCGAGUUGCUUCGCGCUAUUGACAAGGCUGGAUAUGAAAAACCAUCACCAAUCCAGAUGGCUGCCAUUCCGCUAGGUCUACAGCAGCGUGAUGUUAUUGGUAUUGCUGAGACAGGUUCCGGAAAGACUGCAGCUUUUGUACUCCCCAUGUUGUCUUACAUUACCCGAUUGCCACCCAUAAGCGAGGAGAAUGAGGCCGAGGGUCCCUAUGCUGUUGUGAUGGCACCUACUCGUGAGCUUGCUCAACAAAUUGAGGAGGAGACUGUGAAAUUUGCAACCUAUCUAGGCAUUAAAGUUGUGUCGAUUGUUGGUGGUCAGUCAAUUGAGGAGCAGGGUUUCAAGAUUAGGCAGGGCUGUGAGAUUGUAAUUGCUACACCUGGUCGGCUUCUUGAUUGCUUGGAAAGGAGGUAUGCUGUUCUCAACCAGUGCAACUAUGUUGUGCUCGAUGAGGCUGAUAGGAUGAUUGAUAUGGGUUUUGAGCCACAAGUUGUUGGUGUCCUUGACGCCAUGCCAUCGAGUAACUUGAAACCUGAAAAUGAGGAUGAGGAACUUGAUGAGAAGAGGAUUUACAGGACUACUUAUAUGUUCAGUGCCACCAUGCCUCCUGCUGUGGAGCGUCUUGCUAGGAAGUAUCUCCGAAACCCAGUUGUUGUGACAAUUGGUACAGCUGGCAAGGCCACUGAUCUGAUCACCCAGAAUGUGAUCAUGGUGAAGGAGUCUGAGAAGAUGCCACGGCUCCAGAAGAUACUCACAGAUCUCGGAGACAAGACAGCCAUUGUGUUCUGCAAUACUAAGAAGACAGCGGACAUGCGCGCUAAGGAUCUGGACAAGGCAGGCUUCCGCGUCACAACCCUGCAUGGUGGGAAGUCACAAGACCAGAGAGAGAUCAGCCUUGAUGGAUUUAGAAACCGUCGGUUCAAUGUUCUUGUGGCUACUGAUGUUGCAGGGCGUGGUAUUGAUAUUCCUGAUGUUGCACACGUGAUUAACUAUGAGAUGCCUAGUUCAGUCGACACAUACACACAUCGCAUUGGAAGGACAGGUCGUGCUGGAAAGAAGGGAGUGGCAACUUCAUUUUUAACUCUGGAGAACACUGAUAUUUUCUUUGAUCUGAAACAGAUGCUUAUACAGAGCAACAGUCCUGUGCCACCUGAACUUGCAAGGCAUGAGGCAUCAAAAUUUAAGCCAGGCUCGAUUCCUGAUAGACCUCCAAGGCGAAAUGAUACAGUCUUUGCAAAUCAUUGAAGCAAUCUACCUCAGAAGGGACUGAAGAUCUUUUGGACUGAGCUCAACUUCUACCAUAGAGGGAGGGAUCUAGAUUAGUAUUUAUGAGGUAUAAAACUUUUUAUGGUUAGAAAUAUGUACUUAUGAGGUCCAAAAAGGCAAAAACUAUGAUCAUUAGACUUGGUUUUAUUUAUGUUUGGAAACUGGCCUCAUUGUCGUAACCUUAGUAUGUUUUGGUGGUGGCUUAGCUGUGGACAUGUGUAUCAUAUCAUAAUUUUUGUGCUAUUCUGCAAUAUUUGACAUGGCUGGAUUUUAGUAUCUCGUGCAUGUUCUAUAAAUGCUGUUUUAUAUUUGGUAGCAUAU